UUAAUUUUCAUAGUCACUUUUAAGUCGUUAGUUACAUUUUAACAAUAUUAGAUCGCUCAUGUUUUAAAGAUAAGACAUUAAACAAACAAACAAGCGCAGACCGCGGAUACCUUACACGCUGAUCAUCUGGGCUGAUUUGCACAGGCAAAUAUUUAGAGUUCUAAAUGACGUGAUUAUGUGCGACGUGGGGCUUUUUGCGAGAGUUUCUUUGGCCAUCCAACAUGGCGUCGUAGGGAUUCUGUUGUUGUUGUUGUAUUGCACGUAGUUAUGUGAAGGAACCCAAGUGGAUUCAUCUCCAUUUAUUCAAACUAAACAACUAACUACUAGAUUAAAUAGUGUCGGUCUCGAUUCGGCGGGUAUGAGAGAGGUCUGGGAAGACUAUGCUGAGAUCCACCGGUUUCUUCCUUGGGAUUGACUGCCCGUUUUACACGGAUAGUUGCAACGUGAAAAGUGUCAAAGAUGGGUGCAAAAGACCGUACUGUCACUUCAGACACAGCCAACAGAGACGGGCGUCUUAUGGAUCAAAUGACAUAAGAAAAUCAAACGAGCUUUACUCCAAACAAAAGGAGCAAUGCGGCUAUGACCCAUUCAAACCAGAGGUAGUGAGACAUGGGGAGCCUGCUGCUGCAACAGUGGACAUGGGUGCCUUGGAACUUGAGUUGGUCAAUCGUGCCAUCGAGGAGGUACGCAGUGAGGUGGAGCGGGAAAAGAAGAAACUCUCACGAAUCGGGGAUCAGGAAUAUGACCCUACCGACAGUUCCCCCAAAGUGGUUACUAAAUGGCCAAAACCACUGGCCGUGACAUCACACUUGGCGUAUGACCCAGGCAGUUAUCAGAUGACUACAACAGCUGAUUACAACCCUACCCCUCGCUCCAGUAAGUACACCUUGGAUUCCGACAGCAAAGACAACCAUGCCAGCUCCAUGGAAUAUGUGCCCACCUCAGUUACCAAAAUAGCUGUGAAAAAGCCUGUUCCUCGAACACAAACUCCUCAACUACACUCUUUGCCUACUAGUCUUAAAUACUCCACUAUUGCAUCCUGCUCCAAGAAUAAGUACACAGUGGAUCAUUCUAAACCAUCCACAGACAUGGAAUAUGACCCUCUCUGCAACUAUUCAGCAAAAAUAGCUGGCAAGAAUAAGAAACCCCAGAGGACAGGAACUACUAAGGGUGAAGGAAAAAAGAGACCUCACCUGUCAGGGACAGGAAAGCAGUCAACAGAUGAGGAAUAUGUGCCAACCAUUAAGAAGCCUUGGCAGGUAAUACCAGACCCACUGAAGUACACUGCCAGUUUCUCUGAGUCUGAUGAAGAGAGCUCUGGGAUAGAGUAUCGACCCACCUCUCUCAGCCGUCUGCAGAGGAGGAAAAGCAGCAGUGGGUCAGUGGAGGAAGCCUCAGGUCCAGGGAAAGGAGAGAGGGCGGAAGGAGCCGUAGGUGGGCUUAAACAACAGAGGAGUCAGGAGUCUAAAAAGCAGCAGGACGCCACACACUGGGAGUCAGAGGACUUGGAGAACCAGGAAAUAGUAGCUAGGCAGAAAGACAAGCCAGAGACUGAAAUAGUGGCAGGUAAAACCAGCCUAGUGAAGAGCAGCAAAGUAAAGAAUGUGCAUAAAUAUGAAAAGGAGUCCAGUAAAAAGAGUGGUGGUGGUGCUGGUGGUAGUAGUAAUAAAAAAGGAGCAGGGGAUGGUGAGAAAAUAAGUGAUUCAAAGAAAUCAAGCCACGAAGCUGCAAAGAGAGACCGCAAGAAUCAGGGAAAGAAAGAAGAAAAAUGCAAGAUAAAGGAUACAUCUAUAGACAAAGGCAAGGAGGGAAAGGGAGACAAGAGAAGUGAUGGAAAGAGUAAGAUAAGGACAGACACAUUUAAAGGGGAGUCAAGCAAGCGGGAGAAUGAGCGAGAAAAGGGAGGUGGGGAUAAUAAACUGCAGACUUCAGACAAGGGAAAGGACUCUAAGUUUAAAGAACACAAGAAUGGUAAAUAUGACAGCAAUGAAAGAGAAAAAGAUUCAAAGAAAGUAAGCAAAGGGAGUUCUAAAAUCGGUAAAGACCAGGUGAAGAAAAGCAGCAGUAGCUCCUCUGAUGGCAAACCAGGAAAGGUGAAACAAAGAUCUCUGAGUCACGUAGAUCUGUUUGGUGAUGAGAGUGUAGAGGAGGAAAGUGAUGAGGAAGAGGAGACAAUUGUGAGGAAGUCAGUUGCUCCUUUCAAGAGGGGGAGUUUGACUAGGAGGAAUGUCUCAGAGCUCACCCCCUCAUCCUCAGAGGAUGAAGAUGUUGGUGCAGAAGAUGACGGAGGCUAUGGUGACAUGGAUGAUUGUGGGGUGGACUACUCCAGUCUGCAGGUGGACAUGGACUUUGACCUGGAUGAUGACCCAAUGGAGGAGUGCUUACGGAUCUUCAAUGAAUCCAAGGAUGUGAAGACUGAGGACAAGGGAAGGCAAGCCAAGCCCUCUAAAGAUUCGGAGGAUGAGGAUUCCACAGAGAGCAAUCAAACCACUCUUUUCCCCGGUCAGAGGAAAAGGGUUUCACAUUUCUCAGCCAAAGGAAGUACUGAGGCAACCCCGAAGCCUCCACCGUACAGGAGACUGACUGCCCAGGAGAUCUGUUACCAGCGUAUGCAGAUAGCACAGCAGCAGGCUGCCCAGCUGGCUGCAGCUGUGAAGACUGCCUCCACACCCAGCCCUUUCCCUGGGGAGAGGAAGAGAGUAGCCCACCGCCCCACCCCUUUACCAUCCUCUUCCAAAUCUGGUCUUGCCGUGGCGAAGUCGGCGGGCAGCAGAGUGUUGUCGCCCACCAGUACCCUCCCAGCAGGUCUCUCUGUGAAGGCCCAAACAUCAGCCGGCAUCCUGUCAAAGACCACCACCACUAUUGUACAGAAGAGGGUGGCACACACUCCCACAAUGAAGAGCUCUGCAAUGAAGCGGCCAGUUAUUCCCACCACGUUUGGGGCCAAAGUUCCCACCAACGUCCGCCAGCGAUACCUCAACACAUUUAUAGACGAGUGUAUGAAGUUCUGCCCCUCUGAAGACUUGGCCUUCCAAAUGGCCCUGGAGGAGGAGAAGGUGGUGUAUGACCGGAGCAGCAGUAAGAACAUCUACCUCAACGUGGCAGUCAACUCCCUGAAGAAGCUACGCAGCAAGAGCAGCUCCCCCAACUCACUCGUUGCCAUGAACCCUGCAGUGGUGGGGAACAGGAAGUCCCAGUCCCAUGAAGAAGUGCUGGGGGGACGCCUCGCUGCCAAGACCAGCUUCACGAUAAACAGGACGGGCAAGCAACAGGCAGAGAAACUCAGUGGUGCUACUCUGUACCGGAAGCUGAGGGACUAUCUGAUGACAGAGGAACGGCUGCAGGAGCAUGGAUACCCUAGGCCACACCCUGAGAGCUCAGGUCGAGCCGUGGUCCACAACUUCCCAGAGAAGAACAACGUUGACCGUAAGUCUUUACAGAGCACCUACAAACCCUUCUCAGUCUGGGGGUGGAUCCAAUCCUUCUCGACCAGACACAUAAAAAAAAAAUGUUCUUCCACUAAUCUCUUCUCGUUCCAAGCGUUUGCCAAGGUGUGCUGUCGAUGUGGGGCAGAGUAUAAGAUCAAUGCCAACGGCAACUGUGUUCGCAAGGAGGAGUGUAAUCACCACUGGGGCCGUCUGCGCAGACAUAAAGUGUCGGGAGGCUGGGAAACCAACUACAACUGCUGCUCAGGAACUGUGGGCUCUCCUGGUUGCUCCUUGUCUAAGCAACAUGUUCAGGACGGCCGCAAAGAGUCUUUGGGUGGCUACGUUCAGACCUUUGAGAAACAGCUGCCCCCGGAUGGCAACUGUGGAGUCUAUGCCCUGGACUGUGAGAUGUGCUACACAAAGCAGGGUCUGGAGCUGACCAGGGUGACUGUUAUCAACUCUGAGCUGAAAGUCAUCUAUGACACAUUUGUUAAACCUGAAAGUAAAGUGGUAGACUACAACACACGGUUUUCGGGUGUAACGGAGGAGGACCUGGAGAAUGCCAGCAUCACCCUGAGAGACGUGCAGGCGGUGAUGCUCAACAUGUUCAACGCUGAAUCCAUCCUCAUAGGACACAGCCUGGAGAGUGACCUUUUUGCCCUCAAGGUCAUACACAGCACUGUAGUGGACACAGCGAUCGUGUUCCCCCAUCGCCUGGGCUUGCCCUACAAGCGGGCCCUAAGGAACCUCAUGGCAGACCACCUCAAACGCAUCAUACAGGACAGCGUUGAAGGUCAUGACUCCAGUGAGGAUGCCUGCGCCUGCAUGGAGCUUAUGAUGUGGAAGAUCCGAGAAGACGCCAAGGUGAAGAGGUGACCUCUGCCUUCUCUUCACCGCCCACCUCCCCUCUAACCGGACUGCUGCAGACAGACAGGGAGGGAGAGAGGCGGGGCGCUGGAGGCCCGGAGAAAGAACUGUCAGUCUGAGAAGCCAUCAGCCCAGAACUUGACAAGAAAGAAGUAGCAGGAACGCUUCAGGUAUUCCAAAACAGCCACAGCACAUGUGUUCCACUGACUGGGAUAGGACCUUGACAGAGGGUGAGAAUAGGCUCCUCUGCAGAGAUCUGCACAGACAGCCAAAUCACUACGUUGCCUGGACAGGUGGGCCAAAGUGAACAGGUGCUGCUCCGGCCUUGUUGGAAUAGAGCUGAGCCAGAGCCCUCGCUGGAGCAAGCAGGGAAAGAGCAGAAAUCAGCAGUGUUUUAAUUUACUGUUUAGGCAUUUCAUUUAUAAGAUCCAUGAUCAUGAUUGUCACCAGUUUUUGUUGGUAUCUAUUCUUCUCCUCCCGCCACGCUAUUUCUGAAAGACUGGAGGGGGGUUACAUCGAUGGCUCCCAUCAAAUAUAACCUUUCUAUCAAAUGAAAAUGACAGACUUGUCAGGGCAUUGGACUUGUUCGCAUUGUUAGGGUGAAAAUGCUAUUGCUGCCGAGCUGUAUCCUUGGCCCAACUUGCACUCUGUUCUCACGUUACAUUAAAUGUGGUCAGUCUCUUAGUAUUUUGGUGGCUCUCAAACUUGAUUCAUCAUGACGGACUUGGUCAGAACCCAAACCAGAAAUAUGAAUGUCUAAAAUUGUCCUGGAGUGGUUGAUUAGAGAUAUUGUGUUGAAUAGCUUGACCAUGAGCUUCACCAUCUCUGUUCUGUACACGGCAUUAAAGUAACUUAGUUUCUAUCUUUGCCUGUGUCCACAUUAUGCAGCAAUUUAGUUAUUCAAUGUAGACCGAUAUGGAACCGUUUAUAUUAAAUAACGCCUAUAAUUGUUUUAUAUGGUAUAACAAAUACUGGUAGAAAAAACUUCUGCUGUAAAUUGUUUUCUUUUGUAUUAUCUUUUUCUAUUAAAAAGAUUGAAAAGA